AUGACGCCUAUAAUUGCUCCGAGGACUGAGCAAGAACGACGGUAUAACACCAUCCACACCACCACUAGGUCCCUCGUUGAGCGGUGCAUCGUGGUCCUCAAGCACAGUGUCUGUGCUGCUAUCCAUGGCAACACCAUCAGCCGGUGCCGGAGGAAGGUGCCGACCCUGUGGACCAUGCAGGGCAUGACAGUGUCGGUGGACGAAUACAGCUCUCAGCUGUUUAGAGGACAGUUUUUCUCUCUGAGCUGUGAGGAGGACGACAGCUCUGCUGGAUGGACGCCGAGGAGGAACACAACCAGAGAAACCAGGACUCAGUGUGGAGCUGGCUGGGGAAGAUCAGCUGGUUCUUCUUGUAACAUCAGUUACAUUUUUGCAUGGGACAGUGGAGUUUACUGGUGUGAGUCCAGCGAGGGAGGAACCAGGAACACCAUCAACAUCACUGUCACUGGUGGACCAGUGAUCCUGCAGAGUCCUGUCCUCCCUGUGAUGGAGGGACAUGAUGUCACUCUGCACUGUAAAACAAAGACCCCUCCCUCCAACCUCCCAGCUGGUUUCUAUAAAGAUGGCUCCCUCAUCAGGACUGAGCCUACAGGUCACUUGACCAUCCACCAUGUUAACAAGUCUGAUGAAGGCAUCUACAAGUGUAACAUCAGCGGUCGUGGAGAGUCUCCAUCCAGCUGGAUCUCUGUCACAGACCCGCCCCCAACAUCAACUACUGUAUUUGACCUGACACCCUCUGCAGACCCGCCCCCAACAUCAACUACUGUAUUUGACCUGACACCAUCUGCAGACCCGCCCACCUCUGCUCCUCUGCCCACUCCGACAUCACCUGCCUCAGACCCGCUCCAGCUUGUGUUCAGACUGAUCUUCCACCUGGUGGUGUUCUGUCCGUACUGCAUCUCCACUGUCGUCAUGGUGUCUUUAUAUCGACGCAGGGCCACAGGAAAUGGCCUACCUGUCUCAAUGGUGAUGACGCCACCCACCCAGGCUGAGGAGGGAUUGGAUGAUGACUGUGAUGAUGUCAUCCCUGCUGUCACCACAGAGCAUCACUUCUGAGUUGAUCCAGUGUGUUCAGUGUGUUCUGGCUCUUAAUGAAGCUGAAAUGUUUGAGUCAUCAGCAAAUAAACCUCAGAUUUCCUUCAUAGGUCACAAACAGCAGAGGACCCAGAACACUUCCCUGUGGAACUCCUCAUGUUCUAGUUUGACUUAGAUGAUGUUGAACUCAGGAUCUCAGACUUCCGCAGCAGCUACAGUCUCACUUUAAACUCUUCUAAUCUUAUUUACUGCUUUUAACCCCUUGACGCCAAUUGUCGCGAAUUCGCAUCAUACCUUUUCCUUGCAGACUGCAAGCCAAGAUAGCGCAUGGAUUCCCCCGAUGCCUGUUGGUGCAUAUUCGAUA